AUGAAUAGAUUUAAACCACUAACAAUAAUAUUUUCUGAGGUAGACAUAAAAAACCUUUCUAAAGUUCAUAUCUCACUACUAAUUUUACUAAGAAGUGAAAUAAAUAUGAAUGAUUAUCUUAAAGUGUACUUAUCUACUACUGAUAAUGUACUUAUUGAACUUAAUUCACAUAUAGAUAUUCCUAUUGAAUUGGAACAAUUUAUUGAAAUGAUAGACUAUUUAUUGAAUAAGUUAAAGAUAAAGAACGAAAAAGGCGUUGUUUUGGCAUCUAUUAUAAAAAACAAGUUAAACGACUAUUUACCUCCUAAUACUUGCAAAUUACGUUUAGACGUUAAAGGUAAAAAAUUUGUUAAAGAAGAAAAUAUUGACUCUUACACUUUAUACAUAAAUUUAAGCGAAGAUAAAAACGAGGACGUAGAUUCUGUGCGACUUAGCGACUGGAAAAUGGAUACUAUAGGUGUAUGUAUCUGUAUUACUAACAUUUUUAAAAAUUAA